AUGCCAGACCAACCUUUGAAGGCUAAACAAGAGCCUAGUUCAGAUCUUACUACUAGUAGAGGUCUUGUUUACAAUUCUGAAAUUCUAUUUGAAGGAUCUCAUUUUAAUACUAUUAAAAAUGAUUCGGAAGAGAAAGGAAUUCGCUUAGAACAGGAUUUCUCAGACGAUCUAGUAGAUAAAUCAGAUAGCGUCACCAUUGGUGAAAUCGACUCUCCUCUAUUCGAAAGUGGAGAGAAUGCUUGCAUUAUGCUAGGAGAAGGGCAGGAUCAUGAAAGUGCUAGCUCUGGUCCAUCUGGGAGCUUAGAGAUCCUUUACAAGAACUGUAAUAUUCCUUCAGAAAUAAGAGGUUUCAAAAGUCAAUUUGUGACAAAAGAUCGGAGGUCGAGUUUUGAUAAAUCUGAGGAUGCGACACAUUGCUGAGAUAAUUUCAAAGUCCCAAUCAGUUCUAACCAGAAAGUAGCCAAGAGAUCUAAGACCUUAGGCACUCCUAAUGCUGAUUGGAACUACUUCUCCCUUCGUCGUGCUUGUUUCAGAGGAAUGAGUGCGUACUACAAAGAUAAAUUCAACGCAUUCGUUAAAAAUAAUGGAUUCACAAGAUCUCUUAAAACUGAGAUGGAUGCGAUCGUAUCUAACUUCAUUAGAGACGAAUUUCAUAAUACCGAAACUGGUAACUGUGACAUCACAACUUCUGAGUUCCUCGACUGAAUGAUCACUGUUCUCCACUCACACAGGCAUAAGAAGAACGAGAAGUAUAUAAUGACAAGAGACUUCACUAAGAUUAGACAAGUUCUGUAUUCCUUUUCCACUGCUGCUAAGAAAACAUUCCUGGCUAGUCCAGAUUAUGCUUUGGUUUUAAAUCAUUUUUAUAACAAGGAAGGAGAACUGUUCUUGGAGAAAAAGUCCCAGCUGAAACCGCAAAGAUUCAGGACCGAGCUUGAGGUAGAGCUAAAUGCCCUCAAUAAAGGCGCUUUCCAGACAUUAAGCUUGUAAAUUAGUCUGGAAUUUUAACUUUAAUAUGAACUAAUGUGAAUUAUC